GCGGGUGAAGGCUCAUCCUCCACCCUUCGCCUGAAUUUUCCGAGGCUCCGGGCAGUUCUCGGCUAGCCUGCUGCGUGCGUCCGCAAGCCCGGAGUUCCAGGAGAAGAUCUCUACGGAAGGAAAGUCCAGGAGCCACAGGCUUUCUCCAGGCAGGGACACAGGCUGGUGAGCUCCCAACAGGAGCUUGGACUCCCCAUUCCUGGAGAUGGCCGGAAACUGCUCGUGGGAGGCUCACUCCACCAAUCAGAACAAGAUGUGCCCCGGCCUGAGCGAGGCUCCGGAGCUCUACGGCAGAGGUUUCCUGACCAUUGAGCAGAUCGCGGGGCUCCCUCCACCUGCCGUCACAAACUACAUCUUCCUGCUGCUCUGCCUGUGCGGCCUGGUGGGGAACGGGCUGGUCCUCUGGUUUUUCGGCUUCUCCAUCAAGAGGACGCCCUUCUCCGUCUACUUCCUGCACCUGGCCAGCGCUGACGGGAUCUACCUCUUCAGCAAGGCUGUGAUUGCCCUCCUGAACAUGGGGGCCUUCCUGGGUUCCUUCCCCGACUACGUCCGGAGGGUGUCCCGGAUCGCGGGGCUCUGCACGUUCUUCGCAGGGGUGAGCCUCCUGCCGGCCAUUAGCAUCGAACGAUGCGUGUCCGUCAUCUUUCCCGCCUGGUACUGGCGUCGGAGGCCCAAGCGCCUGUCCGCUGGGGUCUGUGCCCUGCUCUGGCUGCUGUCCUUCCUGGUCACCAGCAUCCACAACUACUUCUGUAUGUUCCUGGGCCGCGAAGCCUCAGUCACAGCCUGCCGCAACAUGGAUAUCACCCUCGGCAUCUUGCUGUUCUUCCUCUUCUGCCCCCUCAUGGUCCUCCCCUGCCUGGCACUCAUCCUGCACGUGGAGUGCCGAGCUCGCCGCCGGCAGCGCUCCGCCAAGCUCAACCACGUGGUCCUGGCCAUCGUCUCUGUCUUCCUUGUGUCUUCCAUCUACCUGGGGAUCGACUGGUUCCUCUUCUGGGUCUUCCAGAUCCCGGCCCCCUUCCCAGAGUACGUCACGGACUUGUGCAUCUGCAUCAACAGCAGCGCCAAGCCCAUCGUGUACUUCCUGGCUGGGAGGGACAAGUCUCAGCGCCUGUGGGAACCUCUCAGGGUGGUCUUCCAGCGCGCUCUACGGGAUGGUGCUGAGCCGGGGGACGCUGCCAGCAGCACACCCAACACGGUCACCAUGGAGAUGCAGUGCCCCGCUGGGAACGCGUCGUGAGAGGCCAGCGUCUGGGGCAAGGCUGCGCAGCAAGAGCGGCCGGUAGCUUCCAGAGACACUCUGCCUGAGGGCAGAAGCAGGGCAGCUGCCCCUGUGCCUCCGGGGAGGAGCGCUGCCUUAACCCACGGCAUCUACCUCUUGCCGGGCGUGGCCAAGAGGCUGAGCAGCCACCUCUAGACAGACCCCGUGGCCUCUGCUCCCCAGCCCUUCUGCUUCUGUGACUCAGUGUACCAAAGCUGCCCUCGCCCGUGUGGUGGGGUCCCUUCUCAGCAGAAGCUCAUGAGCGGAGGCGAGAAGAAGGUCACCUCGGCAGAUGUGGCACAUCUGGGCCCGCAGCUUCAGCUCCACCUGCAGAGAGUCAUUGAGCCCUCCCAAGGCAGCAUCUGAACAAACCUGAGAGAGCGGUGCUAUCUGGAAGAGGAGCCCGUCCACGUGCAUUGCGGCCUACAAAUGAGUCCCUGUCCCUUUGAUGAGUCAUCCUAUGACUUUAAUGGGGUGGGGGUCUGGCAAGCCAUGCGAGGCAGGAAGUUACCUUCUGCCACCCUGAGCUGACUGCUCUGGGCAGCUGUCUGUGCACUCAGUAUCUUCCAGGCCACUGUGGUCCAUUGCAACAGCUCCCUACUGAGUCCCCGUCUCCAGUGCCCAUUUCAAAAUGAACUCUGGUUCCAUCCUGGCCCCCUGGGGGCUGUCACCACAAUGCUCCCCUUCCCCAAUCAUCCAGCACAGUGGCCUGUGUAGCCAAAGGAAGUUUUAUAAAAGAUAA